CUGUCACACGACAUGCGGAGUCACGACAGAUAAAUAUUUGUGGCUGGUUAUUGGCAAGCAGUCCGAGCGAACACAGGGCACGCGCUGAGUUUGGUUUGCCCGCUCCAAUCUAUUAAGUCAUAUUUAUUUUUGUAGAAUUAAACGUGAGGAUUAUAUCGCAGGGAGAAGUGCGGGGUGCAGGCUGUAUAUUUUGGGAUCAUAUUUGCUGGAUAGUGGAAAAAUCAAGACUGGUCUCUGGAGAGAAAACAGCAGACAAACCUCUAAGACGGAUGAGAGAUGCUUUCCAAGACCGAUGAAUGGUCUAGGGCGAGGAGACCCUGUAAAUGUAUGUCAUGAACCUUCUUACCACCUGAGUUUCGUCUCUUUCCACAGUGACCUCAUAAAGGGAGCGCGUUCUCUUUCAAAAUGAUGCUGCAUAAGCAAUUGGCCCGUACCUCCCCGGGCACUGUUUGUUCUCUACGUGCAGGAGGUGUUCCUGGAUCCCCAGCAGUCACUAUAGUGGCCAAAAUGGACAAACAAGUGAUUGGGUAUAAGGAUCUAGCAGCUAUACCUAAAGACAAGGCCAUUCUAGACAUAGAGAGGCCUGACCUAAUGAUGUAUGAGCCCCACUUCAGCUAUUCACCAAUGGAUCGCUCAGAGAGGUCAUUAUCUCCUCGCUCUAUUUCCCCUCCUCCAUCUCCAGAGAACAGUCUAUCAAAGGAUGUGCGGGAUUGGUCAGAGCCCAAGUCAUCGGGAAGCUCGUCUCCUGCCUCCACGCAGCUGAGUAAAAGCAUAACUGUCAGCACGAAAGUCCCACAUCAGCAACAGCACUUCCACAGGCCAGACAAUGGAACCAACAUAUUCAAGAAGCCGCCUAUAUAUAAACAAGAUGUCUCAGCAGCUGUUCCGCACUCUAAACACAUGGAGGAUUUAAUCAUUGAGUCAUCGAAGUUUCCUGCCGCCCAGCCUCCAGACCCCAACCAGCCCUCUAAGAUAGAGACAGACUACUGGCCCUGUCCACCCUCACUAGCUGUUAUAGAGACAGAGCGGAGAAAGAUUGUGGCAUCCAAGACAGCUGAGGGAGAGGAGGGUGAGGAGGAUGAUAAGUAUGACGACAAUGAUCUGUCUGAAGACAUGUGGAGACUUCGGCAAAUGCAGAAACAAGAGCUCAACAAGAUUCAGUCUAAUCUAGGAAAACUGAUACUAAAGGAGGAGAUCGAGAGAUCGGCCCCUGUCCGUAGGAAAACACGGUCCCUGCCCGACAGGACACCCAUGAAUCUGGCAUCCAAAUCCCCCUCAUUUCCUUCCUACACUAAGACUGGGCUUACUAGGCUGCAGUCUGCAGAAUUCUCCUCUUCAAACAGUGAUAAAGGGAGUCAACAUUUCCAGAAUGGAGAUGCCCAAAGCAGAAGGAUAGACCGAGGGAAUUCACUCCCUAGUAUGCUGGAACAAAAGAUUUACCCAUAUGAGAUGCUCAUUGUGACCCACAGAGGCAGAAACAAACUCCCACCUGGUGUAGACAGGACACGAUUGGAGAGGCACCUGUCACCUGAGGAAUUUCAGAAUGUCUUUGGAAUGUCCAUAGAGGAAUUUGACCGGCUUUCCCUUUGGAAGAGGAACGACCUGAAAAAGAAAGUCUCUCUCUUCUAAUAGAGGAGAAAUGUGUUGUUUUACAAACACUGUCACAUGUCUGCACUUCCACUUGUGAAAACAGUACAAGCGAUAAAAGUUAAGGAAAGACGAGUAAAUGUGAUACAAGGAAUGUGAUUUUGGAGCCAGCAAAAAAAUCAGUUAUCCUUAUCAUUUGAUAAGCCCCAUAUCUGAUUGCAGCCAACAAUCAUGUCUGAGUCAUUGAUGUUGUCUCUUUUUCUAGUUGCAGCUACUAUGUCAGGACUUUACUGAGGUUACUGAGUCCUCUUCUCUGUGUGCUUUGUAAAGCUAAAAUGAUAUACACAGACAUGAAGGCUAGCAGUACACAUGAAGCAGAUAUGAAUCGCUCUAGUCAUUUAAGUAGACCAAAUCCCUGCAGAACAGAAUGAUUCAGAAGUCCAGUUGAACCAGCAGGAACCUGUGAGUUUCAUUCACUAUGAAGUCACUGCCACACUUCUCAGCCUUUAUGCGCUAAGCAUGAAUUACCUUCAGAAUAUGGGUCAGUGACAUAACUCUCAUUCCCGCCAAGAUAUAUUAAUUUAUUAAAAUACAUAAAAAAUGCAAUUCAUACAUAUAAUGACUUCAAUACACCUCUUCUAUGAUGAGCAUGUUUUUUGGGGAGCACACAGUAAAAAUUGUGGUGUAUAAUGAAGUAAAAAAAAAAAAAAACAGUACUGAUAUAAUGAAAUCACCAAGUCCAAAUUAAAAGAAUGAAAUACUUAACAAGAAACCUUAUUAAGUAGUUUUGCAUUUUUUAAUAGGCAAUAUUUUAACAAAACUGCUUUACUGCUUAUUAAUAUUGAAAAAACUUUUGUCUGCUAAAUCAAAGUCAUGUGGUCCAACCACCAUGCAGAAAAAAAACAUAACACAGGAAAUUAUAAUAUAGAGGUUGAUAAGGUUCUUAAAAUGUCAAAUAAUUUAACCUUUGUAUGACGUGGUAAGGUAUAGUUCAGGUGGUGCGACUCCCCAAAAUAUUCAUUAUAUUUAUGAAUUAAUAAAUCAUGAUAUUUCUAUAAUUAAUUCAUGAUAUUUAUAACAAAUAUGACAUUUUUAGUCAAUAAAUGUACACUUUAUUUGAAAAUGGUAUAAACAUUUUUAAAAGCCAUAUGAAACCAAUUUACACGAAUACAAAGAAUGCAAACUUGGCACUAGAUUUUUUUUUUAUUCUUUAUAGUCUUAUUUGUCAUUGACCCAUAUUUGUGAAAGCAUCUGAAUAUUUGAAUUAAGCAAUUGCUGAUAGUUCGGAAAUUAGUACAGUUUAUACUAGAGACUUAAGAUGCACAUAUAUUGCACACCCUCAUUCUUUAUACCUUAACACCAAUAUAAAACAAACAAUAUAAUACCUUAAUACCAAUGCAAAUACCAGCGGUACGAUAUACGUACACGUAUAGCAACAAUUCUCAUGGCAACAGCGGAUGUUACAGAGUGAGUUUGCUGUUCCAAAGAGAGCUACUGUACAUUAGUGAGAGUUUACUAAAUAUUGGAUAUGAGACGUACGAAUCCCGCAUGGCAAAUGUAUCCUGCUUUUCUUCAAUGAUGAUGGAUUGUGAAUUGUGAGUGUAAUCAAUACUUCUCCUCUUCCGCAAGAUGUAUUGAUCAAACAUUUUUUUCCGUCUUUUUUUCGCUCCCUCUUCCCCAUUUUGCUGCUAUUGCCUUGUAAAGCACCUUUACUGUUUUGGUUCUAUCCUCUCUUGUUCUUGACGGGUGGAAUUUUCUUUUUUACAGUGUUCCUGUUUUAUAGGAUAAGGAUAGGUUAGGAUAUAAAGGGAUUUAAUUUGUUAACACCUGAUGGUUGCUGCUUGCCAGAUGGUUUGAUUUUGCAACCCUGGUUUUUGCUUUCUGUAGAUUUACAGAAUUUAACUGGCUCCCUUUCAGUGCACGGGUGUGAAUUUGAAUUGAAUUGGUCACGACUCACAGAAUGAUGAAUUGGAAUUACAGGAAGAUUAAUUUACUGAACAAAAAAAAUCAACACAUUCACACAACAGAGAUGUAUACAUAAGUAUACAUAAUUAGAUUAACUAUAUUAUAAUUAUAUGAAAAUGAAUGAACUAAUCUCAAAUCUGUUCUGAACGGCACAGAUCCCUGUAGUUCAUAUAUUCUUCUUGCCCACUUCUAAUGACAUCUUAUGUGUGUUGAUCUCUGAGCAAAUGAAAUUAUUAUGCUUUUAUUGCUCCAAUGACCAAAUGAAGUGCUUAGAUAGAGCGCAUGCUUUGUACCUAGAGUUUGUACCUACAGAACGGAAAUGUAAUGAGCAAAACAAUCACUAAAAAGCAACACAUAUCAACUUGAGAAUGUAGAAGUACAAAAAUAGACAUUCCACAUUCAGUUUUUUAGAAGUACUGCUCAAAAGGAAAUAUGUGACUACUGGCUAGAGAGCUAUUCUUAGCUUUUUGCCUAUUUACAAACCAUUAGUAUUAUUUGUUGUUUUAAUUGCCUGCUGCCAGCAAUUUGCUGUUCCUUCAACAGGACAAAUAACUUAUUUUAUGUGAACACAAUCUGACACCAGAUUCACACUUCACAAUAAUCAAUAAUCAUAAAAUUAUGCUACUUAUCAAUCAUGAUUUUUUUUUUUUUUUCCCCUAAUGACAGCUUAAAGUUGUGUUUUGUGGCUUCAGAAGUUAGGCCAUCUUUAUGAAAUACUUUUUGCUGAAUAUUUUGCAGUAAGGCACUCGUACUACAUCCUAAAGCACUUGAUUCACUAAUACACUUAAAAGGUUGAAUGUUUUCACAGUGC